CAGUAACUACCACAUCCCCUUGCACCACAGCAACAACACCAGACACCACUACUGCAACACCAGGUAUCACAACUUCACCCAAAACUACCAUAACAACAUCCCCUAUAAGCGCAUCCACAACUACAACAACACCGAGCACCACAAUAACACCUCCAAUAACCUCAACUACACAAGCAACUACCACACCCCCUAGUGCAACAACACCACCAAGCACCACUACUACACCACCAAGCACCACAACUACCACAACAACACCCACCAUAACCUCAUCCACAACUUCAACAACACCGAGCACCACAAUAACACCUCCAAUGACCUCAACUACACAAGCAACUACCACACCCCCUAGUAUAACAACACCACCAAACACCACAACUACCACAACAACACCCACCAUAACCGCAUCCACAACUACAACAACACUGACCACCACAAUAACAUCUCCAAUAACCUCAACUAUAUCAGCAACUGGCACAUCCCCUACCACCACAGCAACAACACCAGACACAUCUGCUGCACCACCAAGCACCACAACUCCACCCCAAACUACCACAACUACACCCACCAUAACUGCGUCCACAACUACAACACCACCAAGCACCCCCACAACUGAGGUCCCCACAACUGCAGGCCUGACAACUGCAACUCCCACAACAAUUGCCCCAACAACUGUGGUCCCCACAACUGCAGCACCUACAACUGCGGCUCCCACAACAAUAACCCCAACAACUGCGGUCCCCACAACUGCAGCCCCAACAACUGCAGCUCUCUCAACUGCUGCUCCAACAACUGCAGCCCAGACAAGUGCAAUUCCCACAACUGCGGCCCCAACAACUGCAUCCACGACAACUGCAGCACCUACAACUUCGGCUCCCACAAUAAUAGCUCCAGCAACUGCGGUUCCACCAACUGCUGCCCCGACAACUGCAGCCCCAACAACUGCAGCUCCCACAACUGCGGCCGCCACAACUGCAGCCCCAACAACUAUAGCCGCAACAACUGCAGCUCCCACAACUGCGGCCCCCACAACUGCAGCCCCAACAACUAUAGCCGCAACAACUGCAGCUCCCACAACUGCAGCCUCAACACCUGCAGUCCCCACAACUGCGGUCCGGACAACUGCAGCCCCGACAACUGCAGCACCGACUGUCGGUAGCAAAUGUCUGUUUGGUGGAUCAGCAUAAACUGUACUGUGACUGUAAAAUCAUGACAGCCAGUUCAGAUGGGUCCAGUGGUGAGGAUAUAAAAUGGAUGGAAUCUAGGAGGCAGAAAAAGGCAUUGAGGGAAAGGGAAAGACGAGCAAGAGCGAGAGCGAGAUGUUGGUCAGAUGGCAGCGAGGGUUAGAGAGGUUACAGAAAGAAAUCAAGAACUAGUUGCAAUGAGAGGCAGAUUCAAUUGAGUCAAUCACAAGAACAGGAAUGGAAAGUAGUGAUUGAAUUUAAUCAGGAUGGAGGGCACUAUCGCCCGAUCAAACGAACUAAACGAUCGAGGAAGAGAUUGGUAAAAUCAAGUUCGCUAGGUUUUGAAUAACAAACGAGUCCUGAUGCAUGCAGCAAACAAACACCAGCAGGAAAAGAUUCUCAGAAUGACUUCACUUAAAGGGGAAAGAAUGAAGGCUCAUAUUCCAGGAGCGAUGGCAAAACUGAGGGUGUAAUCUCAGGAGUCCCUUUGAGUGUGAAAAUACAAAAGAAAAAAGAAAAUGCAGGGAGGCAAAGCCACAAGGCUUAAAAGCAUAAACAUGCAGAAGCAGUGUUCAGUUUUUAUGCACCAAGUAUUUGGAACAAGCUCCCAGAAAACUGCAGGACCGCUCCAACUCUUAGUUCUUUUAAAUCUAAGAUUCAAACUUUCUUGUUUGCUGCUGCCUUUUAUUAAACCAAAUAGUUAUCUUAUACUGCACUAUAACUUUUACUUGUGUGUUAUA